AUGUGGUCCUGGUUUGGCGGAGCCGCCGCUCAGAAGCGAAAGGAUGCACCGAAGGAAGCGAUUCUGUUGCUCCGGGAGCAGCUUGAUAUGCUACAGAAGCGGGAGAAGCACUUGGAGAACCAGAUUGGAGAGCAGGAUACCGCGGCGCGAAAGUACGUCAACUCAAAUAAGAACGCUGCCAAGGCUGCACUUCGACGGAAAAAGGUUCACGAAAAGAACCUCGAACAAACAACAUCGCAGAUCGUCCAGCUCGAGCAACAGAUAUACUCGAUCGAAGCCGCCAACAUUAAUCACGAGACUCUGCAGGCGAUGAAGCAAGCAGGUGCCGCAAUGAAGCAGAUCCACGGUGGAAUGAGCCUCGAGCAGGUCGACGAGACGAUGGACAAACUCCGCGAACAGCACCAGCUCAGCGAGGAAAUUGGACAGGCGAUCACCAGUGUCCCUCUUGGCGAGCAGCCAGACGAAGAAGAACUGGAUGCCGAGUUGGAGGGAUUGGAGCAGGAGGCUAUGGACGAGCGGAUGCUCAAUACCGGUCCUACGCCUGUGGGUACCCAGCUGGACCGGUUACCGGCUGCCGGGAAUUCGGAGUUGGGCAAAGACAAGACAAAGGCCGCAGAGGAGGACGACGAGGAGGCAGAGUUGGCCAAGCUGCGUGCCGAAAUGGCCAUGUAG